ACUUAAUCAGCCAUUACCCGUUUAUUGACCUAUAGAUAUUUUCUUAUUCACUGAAGGUUCCCUAACUCUGAUACCUCGACCGUUCGAGGAUCGAGCGCAACAAUGGCGGGCGAGGUAGUUCUGUUGGAUACAUGGGCGAGCAUGUUUGGAAUGAGGGUUAGGAUCGCACUGGCAGAGAAAGGUGUGAAUUAUGAGUAUAAGGAAGAGAAUAUGAGGGACAAGAGCCCUCUGCUUCUGCAAAUGAAUCCGAUUCACAAGAAAAUCCCAGUUCUAAUCCACAACGGCAAACCCGUCUGCGAAUCUGCCAUUAUUGUGCAGUACAUCGACGAGGUGUGGAAGGACAAAUCUCCUCUUUUGCCUUCAGAUCCACACGAGCGAGCUCAAGCCAGAUUCUGGGUUGAUUUCAUUGACAAAAAGGUGUAUGAGACAAUGGGGAAAUUGUGGCUUUCAAAAGGAGAAGAGCACGAGGCAGCAAAGAAAGAGCUGCUAGGCAUAUUUAAGCUUCUCGAAGGGACACUUGGGGACAAGCCCUUUUACGGGGGUGACUCAUUUGGGUUUCUUGAUGUUGGUUUGAUUCCAUUUUCUUGCUGGUUUUACGGCUUUGAGAUUCAUUGCCACUUCAAGAUGGAAACAGAGUGCCCUAAACUCAUGGCCUGGGUGAAGAGGUGCGUUCAGAGCAGAGAGAGUGUGUCCAAGACUCUUCCUGAUGAGAAGAAGGUCCAUGAAUAUACCUUGGCCGUAACCAAGGUGACGACUGGAGCUUGAAUGAAUAAAAAGCACUUUGUGAAUGGGCUAAUAUGACAGGUUAGCCUUGGAUUAUCAAGUUUAUAACUGUUUUGGUUUGAUCUAUAGUAGUGUGCUUGCUUGAUUGCUAAGACUUGAGGCUGUGAGUUUGGGGCCACUUGGGUGUGUCUGCCAGCUUUAAUGCCUUAAUAGGAAAUCAAAUUAUGUUCUUGUUUCUGUAAGAUCCGAACUAAGUGAAGUAAAUAACACCCUUUUACCAUUGUGAUUUUGGGGUGAAUCCUUUGUGAUGUUUCUGUUAUUAUUCUUUCAUCAUUUAUAUAAUCUCUUAAAAUGAACUUUGGAUUC